AUGAGAUGUAAAUGGCUUUGCAUAGAAAACAUUCAGUUUGAUUCUAUUCUUCAAUUGUUCGAUUAUUUGGAUUCUUUGCGGGUCGAUGUCAAAAAGAAGAAUGCAAUGGAUGCGAUUGGCUUCACUUCGGCGAUGGCGGUAGUUGCGGAGGCAACGUCACCGACGAAGGCAAAGGCGGAGGAGAGAUCGCUGGAGGAGUGGUGGCCGGCUGAUGGUGGAAGGGCCAAUCAUCUGGUUGCAGUUCGGAGAUGCAGUGGGGGAGGCAGCGCCGUGUGUGUUGAAAGAGAAGAGGGGACUGGGAAAAGUGAAGGGCAAGCUUGGAUAGGAGCGUGUAUUUUUUGA